CGCUUACGCAGUCGUGCGCCCGCUCUUCCCCGGUUGCCAUGGCGGCCGGCCUGAGCGGGAUGUUCGGCACCCAAGGCCCGGUCCCUCCACCACCGCCGCCGCCUCCUCCACCGCCCCCUCCCGUGGCUCCUGGCGGACCGGGCCCGGCCGGGCUCCUUCCCCCGAACCCCGCGGGGCCGAGGAACCCUAACAGCACCCUGGUGGACGAACUGGAGGCCUCCUUCGAGGCCUGCUUUGCCUCCCUCGUGAGUCAAGAUUAUGUGAACGGUACAGACCAGGAAGAAAUUAGAACUGGUGUUGACCAGUGUAUCCAGAAGUUUUUAGAUGUUGCACGGCAAACAGAAUGCUUUUUCCUACAAAAAAGAUUGCAGCUGUCUGUCCAGAAACCAGAGCAAGUAAUUAAAGAAGAUGUGUCAGAGUUGAGAAAUGAACUACAGAGGAAAGAAGCCCUAAUUCAGAAGCACUUGGGCAAACUGCGACAUUGGCAGCAAGUUCUGGAUGAUAUCAACAUACAGCAUAAAAAACCCGCUGAAAUGCCUCAAGGACCUCUAGCCUAUUUAGAACAAGCUUCGGCUAACAUUCCUGCGCCCCUUAAGCAAACGUGAGCAAGAAGUAUAAUGCAAAUGCUUGAUUAUACCCAGCAGAAUGGAUUGUUAAAAUACAAUUUACACAUUUAAGCUUUAUAUGAGUUUUUUAAAACUGAUGUGAAGGACUAUUAAAUAAGAAUGAAUUAUGCCUUUACAGGGAUCAGAGCAAUGAUCUCGGAUUUGAUACUCUCUCAGCCAAGGAAAGCUGAGAACAAGCAUUUUUUUCUCUCAGCGGAAUUACUUUCUGUUGAAAAUGCAACUAUCUCUGUAGUUCUGCAUAAGCAGUAUAUGUAUGUAUGUAUGUUAUAUAUGUAUUUAAAAAACCUUAUAGUUGGUUCAUUGUUUCCAAGAAAAUGUGGUUGAUUGAUGGAACACACUAUUAUCAGGGAUUUAUACAUACAAUUAAGUGCCUGUGUGCUCAAGGCAGGUUCUGGCUCUCUGAAUAUUAGGCCACUGUGCUUCUUGAUAGAUUACUUUUAAAAUUGAGUUUGGGAUCAGACAAAGAAGAGAAAGGGUCAAUGGUGCAAAGAAAAUAAAAUUCAGCAAGGACUUGUGCCAAAAAAGGCUUAUUUGAUUGCUCCCACUGUUUUAUUCCACUGUGGGUCCUCACAAUUUCUAACAGUGCUACUCCUUUUUAACAAAGAGCUCUAUAGAACAUGUUCUUAUCCCUAUUUUCUUUCAGCCCAAGGGGAAGAUCAGAGUAGCCAUGACUUGUUUUAAAAUACCAUCUCUUUAGAGAACCAUCUUUGUCUGGCAUCUCUGCUUCCGACAUAUUUUUCUUUUGUGUUUCAAGAAGUGUUCUUUUUUCUUGCCCCUGGUAACAUGUUGCUCUCUAUCUCUUGAAAAUAGCUUCAGCAUUGCAUUUGACAACUCUUGUUAUAUAAUGGGAGAAAAGAAAUGCUCAUCAAAAUAUAUACUGAAUUGUUGACAGAACUGUUUGCAAACUGAAAGUUGCUUUUUGAUUAUUUUGAAUCAACAAUUGGAUAAUAAAUCAUACAAAAACAAA